AUGGAACUCCUGAGUACCAGUUUAAAGAAGAAGGCUGAGGAGCACCAGCUUUGGGUGGAGGUCUGUGUAACUGGAGAGCAGCUCAGGCAGCGUUUGCACAACGCCAAACUGAUCAAAGACCGCUGUAAUCACAUGCGCACCUACCCCAACUGCUUCGUGGCCAGCGAGCUCGUCGAUUGGCUGCUGGAAUGCAAGGAGGCGCCGGAUAGAGAGACCGCCGUCACCAUCAUGCAGAAAUUUGUGGAUCAUAAUGUUAUCCAUCAUGUUUGUGACGAGUACUUGGUGUUUAAAGACGCCAGGCUGCUCUACCGCUUUCGGGAUGAUGACGGCACUCUGGCCCCCGACCGCCAAACCAAAGUGUUCAGGAGAGCCCAGCGCCUGUAUGAAACGAUGAUGAACCAGGAAGACUCCAUCCUGCAGAUCCGAGAACACGGCGCUGAGCGGUACCGACGGGCAUUCCUGGGCAGCCAGAUGUUGGAUUGGUUGGUCAAGAAUCGGGAGGUGGCUUCCAGGGUAGACGGGGAGGAAUUUUGCCGUGCGAUGCUGGAAUAUGGAAUCAUACAACAUGUGGCCGGUCGCCAUCACUUCUCCGACUCUGACCUGCUCUACCAGUUCAUCAUCAACUUUCGCCGUAAGAGGAGGCUGAUGGAGGUCCUGGAGGUCCAGUCCAUCGGACCCAAGAAAGACUCCCCCGACAGCCCUUUCUGCCUCCGAAAACUCAACGCUGAGCUCCCGCCGGGCAGCUUUGUGUGCGCUCCUGUGACUGACCCAAGGCCCCCAACUCUGAUCCGGAGAAGCGGCAGUACCGGAGGGUCUGCUGCCAGCUACAAUUACUAUUCGCCCAACAAACCACUGCUGGGACCCCCUUCGGUUCUUAAGAGGCCGGUGUCUGUGGAGGAGCUGCUGGCGCCAGGAGCCCCCUAUAUUUCAAAGGUCCUAAACAUUCUAGGAGAUGAUGUGGGUUGGGGGUUCGUGAUCCGUGGAAGUGGUCCGUGUUAUGUUCAGGCUGUGGACCCUGGUGGUCCAGCGGCGGCGGCUGGCAUGAAGACCCGCCAGUUUCUGCGAACGGUGAAUGGACUCUGCUGCCUGCGAAUCGAUUAUCAGACAAUCAACAAACUCAUCGUGGCCGGUCCUCGAAGACUCAUCCUUGAGGUUCUGGAGCCUUUCGAGUGA